CAAAGAGCUUUCCAUUUUUCCCCUUCGUAAUGUAUUUAAUUCAACUGAAACGUAAUCAUGACGUGCCCCAUUGCUAAUCUCUUCGGUCGCUGUAGUGCUAACGAGAAUGUUGCUGAGGCUAAAGGCAGUCUAGAAAACGGCAUACACCGUCUGCACUGCGUGACACAUCUCAUCCAAUCAGCACGUUGGGUUGGAGCAUGUGACCUGGAUCUAUGCGAUGAGUCAAUUGAGAACAAACUCUCGUUUCCAAGGACGACCUGGCAGGAGGCUCACACCAUCUCAGCAAAUAACAUCAAACCCAAUAAAUAAGAGAGAAUGGAAAUUUCUGCAUACUCCCCCGACCGCCUCCCUGCUCUCCCUGAGCUCGACGCACUUCACCCUCCCAAACAGCAGGAGGCGCUCUCCCCGGAUCAGCCACUUCCCUCUCCUCCGAUCAUGCAGGACUGCAGCCCUGGGGUGAUGUCCCCUGAGGACGGAGAGACACUGGAACCCUUCCCUCCUCACCCAGCUUUCCUCCUGGGGGAACAAGACGAAGACCCAAGCUUGGGCAGCCCUGAACCUGAAGAGAUCCUCGCUCUGCGGCUCCACAAUUCUUGCCCCAUCCUGCCAGGGGUGCAGGAAGGCAGCCCGGCCCCUGCUGCGAUUCUAGGCUUUGGCAUCCCUUGUUUCAGUCCCAGGGCUCUGGAAGCUGCUAUGUCCUUGGGUGGGGACCGGGACCCCAGUUUCGAUGACGAGUUGGAUCUCCAGCAGUUCUACAACGGCCAGGGGGGUGUGGCAGACUCUGCAGACAGCGAGGGCAACCCCAGGAGGGCACGGAAGUACCCAUGCAGGGUGUGUGGGAAGCGCUUUCGCUUCAACAGCAUCCUCUCACUACACAUGCGCAUCCACACAGGAGAGAAGCCCUUUGUUUGCCCCUAUUGCGGACACCGUGCGGCCCAGAAGGGCAACCUGAAGAUCCAUUUAAGGACUCACAGGCCUGACGCUGGGGACAACGUGCCAGGGGAUCCAGGAAUGGAAGCGAGCGAGGGAAGUGCGAUCCUGGUGGAGUUGGUAGAACGAGCCAGCCAGAGAGGACAGAGUCUUACCGAAGCUAUUGAAACUCCUCCCCCGGUCCCUCCGGCUGUUCUUUCUCCUCCCUCUCCCUCUCUCCUCACUCUGUCCGGCUUCCGCUGCACGUCCUGCAAGGGGAAGUUCCGUACGGCUGCAGAGCUAGCCCGCCACGUGAGGAUCCUGCACAACCCGUACAAGUGCAGCCUCUGCUUCUUCUCUGCUGCCUUGGAGGAAGACCUGGUGGCCCACGUGACAGUGGAACACCUGGCCGGAUUAGCAGAACCAGCAGCCAUCGAGACGCCCGCGACCACCUCCGCUCCCCAGCCCCCCCUGCCCCCCCUGCCCCCGUCUCCUGCCGUGGUGCCUCCUGCUUUCAAAUGCGAGGUGUGCGGCCAGGCCUUCACCCAGUCCUGGUUUCUGAAGGGACACAUGCGGAAGCACAAGGAUUCCUUGGAUCACAAAUGCCAAGUCUGUGGAAGAGGCUUCAAGGAACCCUGGUUUUUGAAGAACCACAUGAAGGUCCACCUCAACAAGCUGGGGCUCAAAGGGAACAUGGCUGGCGGCAGGAGUCAAGGAAAAGGAGACUCCAGGAAGGCAGCCCGGGGGCUCACAGGAGAUCAGGCCUACGGAGCCCUCUAUUCGGGCCUGCUGCUGGCUGGAGGAAGAGGCAACCAAGAACACAAGGCUUUAAGCAAGCUCCUAGCACCAGGACCCAGCGUUGGAGAAGCUGGGAAAAGCCCCCUUCUGGGUUACCUCAAUCUUGCCCAGCAGUCGGAGGGUGGCAGCUGUGUGGAACGUCUCCAAGCAGCUGCCCAGGUGGCAGAGAUGGGCGGUGGAAACCAUGCGGUGUGGCAGCUGGUAGCCCGGAGCUUAGCAGCAGCUCAGCAGCAAAAGAGCAGCUCGGUGGCAGGAGAAGCAGAGCAGGUCAGGGCUUACCUUGGGGGUCUCCUGGGAGGGGAGUCUUCAGCCCAGCCCCCUUGGGAAUGCCCAGAUUGCGGGAAGCUCUUCAGAACACUGCACCAGAUCGUGGCCCAUGCCAGGGUGCAUGCCUGGAGGCCACAGAACGGGGGGGAGGGGGCAGCACAGAGGGACAGAGAGGGGUGGGCGCGCCCAGGGUUAGCUUUUGGGCCCCUGGCUGCUCUCAAAGCCAGUGCUCAAGGUUCGAGUCAAGCUGGAGGGAAACUUGGAGCAGCAGGAGGAGAAGGAGCGGGUUGCUAUCACCCACCGCUGUCUGCUUUUCAAGGAGAGAACGGGCUCAAAGACAGCAGGCCCAGCCCCGGCCCAACGCAGGGAGAGAGAAUCAGAGGUGCUGCUGGAAAGGACUGUCCAUACUGCGGCAAGACCUUCCGAUCCUCCCACCAUCUCAAAGUGCACCUCAGAGUCCACACAGGGGAAAGACCUUACAAGUGCCCACAUUGUGACUACGCUGGCACCCAGUCUGGGUCCCUCAAGUACCAUCUCCAGCGGCACCACCAUGAGCAGCGCAGUGCCUCUGCCGAGGGGAACGCCUCGGCUCGGGACCUGGGCACCAAGAGGUCCACCUUUGGACGGGCAGAUUUCGGGAGCCGAGGGCUAAGUGUGUCAUCUGCUGGCAAUUUCUCUGGAAAGACCAUGUCUCUACAGUGGCCAGGGAAGCCCUCACCUCAGAGGACAACCUCUACACAACCUGAGGACAAGCAGACUGGCCUGGCAGACUUCAGCAAGGUGUUCCAGAGCCUUUCUGAACACAAGGGGGGUUUUCAAGGUUUCCAGGAUCUCCAAGCGUUCCGGAAUCGCUCAAGAGAAGACCCACAGAGGGGAUCUAAAAGGGCCAAGCUUGUCCCUCUACCCAAAGUGUCCAGGAGGAAACCACAGACUACGAACAAGAUCCCGGCAGUCACAACCAAUGGCAGGGCUGAAUUCGAGCCCUUGGACCUGUCCCGAAGGCCCUCACAGGAGACCCCAGAUGACGUGACCCUCCAUCACUGCCUCUUCUGUCCCUUCACCACUUCUUCUGUUGAGCUGAUGGCAAUGCACCUGCAAGUCAACCACACUAGCAAGUCGAGGAGGAAAGAGAGGGAGAGGAGCCUAGAAGGGAGCCGGACCCAUGACCAGCAGACAUCCUGGGCUGGUUAUGGCUUGUCCCUGCUUGCUGCACGUGGGUGGAAGCCUGAUAAGGAAAGAGAAGAGCAACCGGACAACUCUUCAACUUCAGAGAUAGAUGUCAGUCAAGGCUCUUCUCGCUUGAGGGAUGUUGGUCAAGCGAAUAGGAUGUUGAGGGAGUUCCCUUUGGAAUCUUCUCCUGGGGCUUCCACAGUGGAGGACCUGGAGUUUGGAGGUCUACCAAGAGAAGAAUCAGAAGGAGAAGAGGAGGAAGAAGAAGAAGUAGAACACUUUGAAGGAGAAGCAGGGAGGGGAGGUAUUGAAAAUCAUGGAGGAAUCGGCAAUGUUCAAGCGGACAACAUUGUUGAAUUUGAGGAGGAAGGAGAAAGUACUGAAGACACAGAAGGGGAUAUAGGAGAACUAGAGGUGGAUGAGGAAGAAGAAGAAGACACACACAGAAAGAAAAAGCAAGAUGACAAAGCAGAUGAUCACAGCACAAAUGUGUCUCCUGCAAGGAUUGACAGAGAAGAAGCAAGACCCACACUGAAAUAUGAAAAAGGCCUUCUGGAACAAUAUGAUCUAGAAGAUAAGGAAGACCUGGAAGGAUCACCAAGACUGGAGACCCAAACAAUCGACUACUCCCCCAUGAUGGUGGAGGAAGCAGGCACCCAAAACAACCAACCUGGUAGCCUUAGCUCUUAACCUGAAGGAACCUUUCCUGAACAAGGCAAAGGACCCCUUGUUCUUCCACAACACAAGUGUUCCAACAGUCUGUGUUGGCCACCAGUAGCCUGUGCUAGACCUUUGUCCCUGCUUCAUAAAACUAUGUGAGAACAAAGACCUGAAGCCUACAUUUUUUGUAGCAUAGAUCUUUCUGACAAAGGUCUAACUUGAAGCCGAAGAGUAAGCCUUGAAAACAGUAUUAAAGACAUUCUGAAAAUAUACAGAACCUCGGAGGAAACAUGAGAUGGAGAUCCUCUUGCAUAAAAUUAUUUUGCUUUGGAUAACAUCAGAAAUGCAGAAUAAUGUUCCUCAAAUCUUUUUUUGAGCGAUCAGUAUUGUUAGUCGUUCACCUGUAAAAUAUUCAGUGAUGCUAAACUGAAACAGUGUUUUGGAAAAGAGAAGGAUGGAUUCUCUGAGCUAAGGAAAGCAGGCUUCAUUCUGGGUUUGAAGAAGUUUGAAUGUUUCUCAAGGUUUUUAUCACUUAUACUGUGGAGCACACCAAACUGUCUUUUGUCGUUCACACCAAGUGCCAGUAUUAGAAGUAAAAAAAAACAAAACCUACCAGACUACUUUCUCUUGAAGUAAAUUCGACUGAUGUUUAAAAGCUUGGCUGAAAAUGCUACAAUGAGAAGAACAGACAUUUUCUGGAAAUAUCUGCGUUCGAAAUACUUUGGAGAAGGGUUGGAACCUCUGAUCCCAACCGCUAGGGUAGUCAAUAGUAAAGCACUAACAACUCUUUGGAGACCUAGUAGAAAUCUGUAGCUUUUUUUUGUGGAAAUAAUAAUAAUAAUAAUAAUAAUAAUAAUGAAGAAUGCUGAUUGAUUAGCUGGAAGUAAAGCACUGUGGGAUUUUCUUUUAUUUUGUAUUUUGAAUUUAAAUUUCUUUUUUCAUUGUACGGCCUAGCCUUUUAAAUCCAGGUUCCUCCAUUGCCCUUUAGAAGGGAGAUUCCUGGAUUCUACAAAGCACUGUUUGGACUAUGAGAAGGGGAAAUUAAUGUGUCUUAUUUGUUUUGUAUGAAAAUGCUAUCAGACAACAGCAGAAUGUCAAAGCCUUUAACAGAACCUCAAUCAGGAGAAACCCUUUCAAGGAGAUGCUUUAAUUAUUGAAUUUUCCUUCUCGACCUUAAAAUAACGCACAGAAACCCAAGUACCCAAAGUGUUGCUGCUAUUCUUCAAACAAGAAAAUAAAAAUCCUUCCAGGGACAUAACAAAAUAAAACCAGAAGAAAAUGGACGAACGAGCGCGGUCCUGUCUCUGCUUGUCCAAUUCCUAAAUAGCUGAUUGAUCUAAAAACUAACUCUAUCUCCACUUCCAACUGUGUCCUCUGGUCCUGGUGCAUAAUCCUUUCUGGACCAGGUUGCAGGGGAACAAUCGCUAAACACAUUGUGCAGCUCCUGGGAAUCCCUAGAUCUCUUUAAGCGUGUGACAGACAGCUGAUGGGUGCAAAGGGAUUCCCCGGCACUGCUUAAAAAUGUUCAGUAGAAAAGUGUCUUCUACUUGAAUUAACGGUUGAGAAAGAAGCUUCGUUGCUAGGACCAUCGUCAAAACCAUUCCCCUGACCAAAUUCUUUUUUACAAGAAUGUGCAAUCCUUCGGGGGGUUUCUUCUGUUGAGGGUCUGUUGUGAAUCGAUAAGUACUCCACUACAGAACGGGGACCAGCUGCAUAAAAAAAAAAGACAUUAUUGUCUUUGCACCUUAAUCUUUCCAGAGCUAAUCAUUUCUUGCAAGAUGCAGAAAGGGUAAGGGAUGGUUCAAAUACUUGGAUAUCCUGGUAAAGGUAUUUACAAAACUUGCAAGGACAAGCACCCCUCUUUAGCAUUGGAAACUAUGAGAGUUUUGCUAGAAAAAACACUUCCAGCUUCCUUUUCUACACCCAGGAACUCGAGAGCGGCUGUCAGCGAGUCAUCUCCCUCUGGAGGACAAAGGUCAGCCCUGCAGGGGUCCUCUUCAAUUCAUUUGGUGCCAGUCAAGCAGGGUCUGCUGUUGUGUGAUGAGGAGAAACAGUCUCUGCUGGUUUAAAAGCUCCCAAAAUAGACACAUUUGAAUAUAUUCUGAGUUCAUGAUUUUCUUGCCAAAAAAAAAAAAAUCCUACGAUUUCAUAUCCUGACAUACAUUUUUGGUCCAAACUUUCCUUUUCUGAUAUCAGCAGUCAAUUUUAUAAAUAAAAAAAAAAGAGUUUCAUAUAAACAAUGUAACUCUUGUCAGCAAAGAUGUGAUCAACAAUAUUUUGAAGCGUAUCGUAUAUGAAGGAUCGAUAAAGGCAUCAUUCAAAAUAUUUCUACAUCAUUAUAGUAAGUAUUUACUGCCCUUCAGUAUCACUACAAAAAGAUGCUAUAAAGUCAAGCUCACCUUCGCUUGUCACUUGAGAUCAAAUUAUUUAUUUCACUUAUGCUUCCAAAUAGGAUUUCCCAACAGCAGUUUGAACUCCUGUAUCCCUUUCUGUUCUUGAUUUCCUAUAUAUGUUGUUUUAUGUAACAGGGAUCAAUAAUUUUGGCAAAUGCCAAGUGCCUUGUACCGAAGCACUUCCUAGAAUGCAGCUUUCGCUCAAGCCAGUCUGCUCUUAGUUUCUUCCUUCCUCCCUCACUGUGAGGGAGGGACACCAGACAUACCCUGGUCCCCAGGCAUGAGGAGUAAUUGCUUGCAAAUCUUAGACAGUUGUAUCAAUCUUCUGACGGGAAAAGUGCCUACCUGUAUGUAUUUGUGAACCCCCUUCAAUUAUAGUGCUUGUGCAGACGUCUAAGUCUCUAGCUGUACUGCAUCGUUUUGAGUUCCCCAGUUGAGUUAUUGUGAGUGAUUAUCAGGUUUAUGAACUGCUUUGUUACUCUAUAAGGAUGAGACCAGACCACGUUUCAAAUCAUUUAUCAGUUUGAGAGACCCACAUUACACAUGGAGCGUUAUUGUUUAGAUGCGAUAUGUGCUGCUAGUAUUAACAGAGAUAGGCAAUGGAUCGGAUCAGCUGAACCCCUGGAGAGAGCCCUCAGACUGAUUCAACACUGAUUCUGGAGGUACUAGAGGCUCUGUGCCGCUUCCAUGCCCGGAAUUGUACCAUAUGGGCUCAGGAUAUGCGUGACUACCGUCUGUUUUUGU